AAGUCUGUUUCCUUUCUAGGAUAGGCGUAUUUUUGAUCAGGUUUGCAGCAGCUUCACUAAAAUCCUUCGGAGACCACAAAGGGACUAGCAGAACUUCAUGGCGUUGAAGGGUAAAAAGCGGACAGCUCCUGCUGCACCGGCUCCUUCUAAAAAGCGAAAGGUUCAGGCAAGCAGCAAACCAAGGACCGGCACAACACAAUCAAAGAAAGGGAAGGGACGAGCUUCAGACAGAGGCUAUAUCGAAGUGCCCGGAAACCACGGUGAUGCAGAGACCGAAGACAGUGAUCUCUCCGAAGAGGAUGCUGGUCUCCUCGAGGAGUUUGGAGAUGGCGCGGGAUUCUUAAAUACGCUCGAUCGUAAAGGCAUAUCAACGAGCAAGAAGGAGACUGAGCGUCUGAAACAAUUGAACAAGCCAGUCCGAAAACCAAAAGUUGAUGAUUUGCCGUCCGUCGACUCCCAGGACGAGGACGAGGAGUCCUGGAGCUCUGGUAUUGACGAUGAUACGGACACGAUUUCCCAGUCUUCUGCCAAUGACAAUGAUCGGGAUUUAUCCAGUGCAGAUGGCCUAGAUUCCGACGCUGAAAUGUCUUAUGAACGUGUCCCCCGGAAACUUCAAGAAUCACGCGAGGCAAAAACAGACCGUCACAUUCAAGGUCUGCCAAUCAAGUCAGCCGAUGGCCGAAUACAUGCGACAGGCAAGAAAAUCGCAGUUCCUCCCUCCUCAGAUGAAGAAAGCAGUGACACCGACGACUCCCCUGAAGAGCAAGAGAUACCCGCUGAAGUAAAUAAAAUUGAUGAUGUUGCGACAGGGGCCCGCUUUGGUCGUCCCGCUGUCAUUGAUAUUGUCGGCCGGAAAUCGCGGACGGCACGCAUACAGGGUGCUAAAGACCAGAUUGCCAGCAUCUGCCAGGAAAUAAUUGCAGAGCCAGAGAAUAGUUUAGGGCUACUUCGCCGGCUUCAUACAUUCUCUCUGGAGAAAAUUACGACUCCUUCUCACCCAGAGCCGGUUCUGAAUGAUACCGUUAUCCGGAAGUUGGCUAUACUUUCACAGCUCGCUGUUUUCAAGGACAUAAUACCUGGCUACCGGAUACGAGGAUUGACCGAUAAAGAGAAAGCCGAAAAAGUCAGCCAAAUGGUGGCACGCACCCGGGAGUGGGAACAAGGCUUUGUGCUUGUGUAUCAAAAUUACCUCCGCUCGCUUGAGGCUGAAUUGAAAGCUAAAAGCGAAUUAGGGGAGGUUGCGCUUAAGUGUAUGUGCACACUGGCCACUGAGGUCACCCACUUCAAUUUUCGAACCAAUUUGAUAACAUGUAUUGUGGCGCGCUUGAGCAAGAAGUCGUGGGAUGUGGCUUCUGAUCUCUGCAUGAACACGUUAAUCAGUAUCUUUCAAGAGGACCAAACUGGCACCCCCUCCCUAGAAGCUGUCCAGCUCUUAAACCGUAUGAUUAAGGAGCGACACUUUAAUGUGCACCCUGAAGUACUUACGUGUCUCCUGCAUCUACGCCUCAAGACAGAACUUAAUAUCCGCGCGUCAGACUCCAAGGUAGACAAAAACAUUCAAUCCAAGGGCAAGGCCGCGGCUCGCCGAGCCAAAGGCAAGCCAACAGAACAGCCUCAUCUUAGCAAAAAGGCCCAAAAAGCCUUGAAGGAGCGGAAGGAGAUCGAACGCGAAAUGCGCGACGCAGAAGCAGAAGUCGACAAGGAGGAGCGAGCAAACACACACACAGAGACCCUGAAACUUCUUUUUGUCCUAUACUUCCGGAUACUUAAACAUCCCCGUCCAACGCCUCUUCUGCCGGCUGCAUUGCGAGGCAUUUCCAAAUUUGCUCACCUCAUCAAUAUCGACUUCUUCAAAGAUCUGAUGCAGGUCCUAAAGGAUCUCAUCAUCCGCGAAUCACCAGGGCAAGACCCCACUGAUGACCCACAACGAUUUGGUGUUGAUGCCACUACUGACAUUCAACACCGCUUACUGUGUAUCGUAACCGCGUUUGAGCUUCUUUCAGGACAAGGCGAAUCACUCAAUAUUGACCUUACCGACUUCGUCAAUCAUCUAUAUACUAUCAUAUUACCAGUCAGUAUCUUGAUACAAGUCGACGAACCUCCGCGGAGCGUCUUCGUUUCAAAAUUCGGGACAUCAAAGUCGGCAUCAAUCGCGGACAUGCUCUUUCGAGCGCUGAAUAUCAUUUUUUCUCCGCGGAGUUCUGGAAAUACAGCGAUCCAUUGGCGUUCGGCAGCGUUUGCCAAACGCCUACUGAUUGCGUCUCUAAAUUGGCCGCCCAGUUGCGCCCUCCGCGCACUCGAAUUCGUGGAAAGUUUGGUCGCCAAGGAUCCGAAACUCGAGGCUCUGUUAUCAACUGAAGACCGGCGAGUUGAUGGUGUAUACCUUCCGGAAGUUGAUGACCCUCAGUUGUGUUAUCCGUUUGGGACCAGUUUUUGGGAACUGUCCCUUCUGCAACAACACCAUUACGAUAGUCGAGUACGAGACGCCGCCCACAGUUUGUACAAUUAUACAAGGUCGUAA